AAUAAAUAAACAGUCAGUUAUUUGUCAAAUUAGUUAUGGCGGAACCAAUGUUAGGCAAGGACGUUCCCAACACCAUUGAGAAAGAAAAUGUUGAUUGUAAAGAACAAGUUUAUCUUGAAGAAACGUUUUAUAUUCUAUCCAAGAAGAAAUCUGUGUUUCGAGUCCGACUAACAUCUAAAGGACUGUCGUUGAUAAAAGAAACUGAUGAUAGCUCUAAAGAACAAACGAUUCUUUUACGAGACAUUAUUGGCAGUAAGUGUAUGAGAAGCAAGCGUCGCCGUGCAGGGGCUGGUUCCUGUGUUUGUAGUUCACUCGUGGGACCACAGCAGCUUAAAGUUGUAGAAGAGAAUAGCGGAGACCUGGACGAAAGUGACAUUAGCGCUUAUCUAUAUAUUUUCGCGUACACCUUAAAGCGCAGUCGUCGCUCUUUAAAAAGGGAAAGGACAACAAUAACAUUAAGGUUCCGCUCGUAUGAUAAAUAUGAAGAUAAUUACAAAGAGGCACAAAAAUGGAGAACUAGUAUUAAGUGUUUAAUAGCCAACCAGCCUAUAACUACGGUGAUCCCACAAAAUGAUAAGAAGUUGCUUAUCUUGCUUAACCCUAAAUCUGGGCCGGGGAAAGCGAGAGAGCUGUUUCAGACUAAAUCGGCUCCGUUACUCCAAGAAGCAGAAGUUCCAUACGACCUGCAUAUUACUAAAUACGCACAAUACGCCCGAGAAUUCGUUCGCACAAGAAAUGUUUACGGUUGGCGCGGUAUUGUGGCAGCGGGCGGUGACGGAGUCCUUUUCGAAAUACUGAAUGGCAUGUUUGAACGUCUGGACUGGCAACAGGCCCUAGCAGAGGUGCCCUUGGCUAUCCUACCUUGUGGCUCAGGAAAUGGCUUGGCCAGGACUAUCUGUUAUCAUUACAAUGAGCCGUACAUACGAGAAAACCUUACUGGCAUCUCCAUGGGCCUGGCUAGGGGCAGGGUAGCACCCAUGGACGUCGUCAGGGUUGAAACUAAAACCAAUAUUAUGUUCUCGUUCCUGUCUGUCGGCUGGGGUCUGCUCUCCGACAUCGAUAUCGAAAGCGAGCGUCUACGGGCCAUCGGUGGACAGAGAUUUGCCAUAUGGGCGCUGGCUAGAUUAGUCGGCCUAAGAAAGUACAAAGGGGUAGUUAGUUAUGCUAAAAUUAAAGAUGUUAGCAAUCUUCCGAAGCCCAAACUGCCCAUCACCCUCAGCCACAGCGUCAGUCAGGACGGCGCGCUCGACUCCCCCGACGCGGAGGCAUUCAUUGAUUGCGACGAGCAUUCCGAAGUGUUCACAAACGCCGUCAACGGCAAACAUCAGCGGGUCGAUUCCUGGUACUCGGUGAAUUCUAGGAGGAGUGCAUUUUACAGCACGAGAGGUUCCGAGUAUCACAGCGUUGCCAGCGGUGGCUCAGAGAUGCGGUCCCCGGUGCACGCUUGCAUGCACGGCCCGGCUUCCCAUCUGCCCUCUCUCAUGUCUCAACUGCCCUCCCACUGGGUGCACGAGGAGGGUGAGUUCGUCAUGGUCCACGUGUCGUACCAGGCGUACAUAGGAGAGGACUUGCUCUUCGCCCCGCGCUCGCAACUCUCCGACGGGGUCAUGUGGAUGCUUAUCAUUAAGGCGGGUAUUCCAAGAUCUCAAAUUCUAUCGUUCCUCCUGGGCAUGGGUCAAGGGACCCAUUCCGAUGUGAAUACAGAGUAUAUAAAAAUGAUUCCUGUCAGUGCAUUUAGAAUAGUUCCCGAGGGAUCCGAUGGCUACCUGACUGUCGACGGCGAGCUUGUAGAAUACGGUCCACUUCAAGCGGAAAUAUUCCCUAAUAUAGUUCACCUCCUUGUUCCCGAUACAAAAUAAUACGAGAUGUAUUCAAAUAAGGAUAUAGAUUCUUAAAUGACUGAUAUCAACCUGCCACUUAACCGAGCCUAUGUUGAGCAAUAAAAGACAUAAUAAUACGUUAUUUGAACGGUUGUGGUCAAAUCAACCUCUAUAUUAAAUUCUGUUCUCUAUUUACUGAUGGAAAAUUAUAUUAAGCAUUCCAUUGAAGUUGUGAUUUAAUUUUAAUAUUGUAUAACUACUGCAAUAAUAAUUUAUGGAUUUGUUUAAGUUAAACUUGUGAUAUUUUGUUGUAAGCUAUUCAAAAACAAUCACAUCUAGUUGCUAGUCAAGGUUGUCAAACAUAUGGAAAUAAGUGCCAAAUUUAUAUUGCACUUGCACACAUUUAACCAAGGAAUUGAUUAUUUAAUGCAAUUUUAUUUGUUUAAACAAGUUUUUAUUUACUAAUAUUUAAAUGAAGCUAAGCUUUGAAA